GAAGGUGAAGACCCGCGAUGGCCCGGUGAUGGGCUUGGCGCGCCAUGGGCUGCAACUCCUCGAGUGCGGCGCCUGAGGCGAAUGUUCAGAAGCAGCGCCGAAGGCUGUCAGUGGGCAAUGUGGAGGUGGCGGCCGUCGAGGCAGAGGACCACAGCUCGGAGGAUGACCGCGGGCUCAUCGCCCAAUUCAGCCAGCAGAACCUUGUGGACAUGGUGAGCAAAGAAGGAGCAGGCGGUCGCCGCCUCUCAUCAUUGGGCUCCACGACGGACCAGAACCCGACUUCCUUCGCCAACAAGACCACGCAGCUGCUGGGAGACCAGCUGCAGCAGCAGGGGUUGGGCUACACCUGCCGCAAGGGCCUGAAACCGGAGAGUCCCAACCAAGACUCCUGGUGCCUUUUGAAGACAGAGGAUUUUUCGAUCUAUGGCGUGUUCGAUGGUCAUGGACAAAAAGGACAUGACGUGUCUAACUUCGUCAAAGACGUUCUACCGAAGCUGAUCGUCCGUGAUUCUCGGACUGCCACUGGCGAGUGGGGGCCAAUCCUGUGCGACAGCUUCAAGAAGACGCAAAGCAUGGUCAGCACCUCCGACAGGAUCAAGCAGUUGAGUGCUCAGAUGUCAGGGACAACCGCAACGGUGGCCGUGCACGAUCAUCGAAACAACAAGAUCACCCUCGCCCAUGUUGCAGACAGCACUGCGGUGCUGGGAACCAGGCACGGCAACGAGUGGCGGGGUGUGGCGCUGACCAGGGACCACAAGCCCAACCUCAAGGACGAGAAGGCCCGCAUCGAGAAGGCGGGUGGGCGCGUGGUCUUCGACGGCUACGCCAACCAUCGAGUCUACGCCCACAACGCGAGGUAUCCAGGUCUGAACAUGUCCCGGUGCUUGGGCGACCUGCUGGGGCACCAGGACUGCGGCAUCUCCUGCGAGCCGGAGGUGUCCACAGUGGACACCAGCGGCAAGGAGCAGAUCCUCUUCCUCUGCAGCGACGGGGUUUGGGAGUUCAUCUCGCCUCAGGAGGCCGUGGGUCUGGUGAACCACUACUCCGCGGCGGAGGCCCAGAAGGCGGCGGACUUCCUGGCCAAGGAGGCUUGGGAUCGUUGGAUCCGGGAGGAGGGCGGAGCGGUGGUGGACGACAUCACGGUGAUUUUGGUGUAUCUCAAGAGCUGAUGGGAUACCGACAGGAGCUCAGACGCAGUAGAUUUUUUCAGUUUCACCGCCUAUCCGAAGGGAUAGAAUUGGGAAUGCCUGUAAUAGGCCGCUGAGCCCGUGCUUCCUGUGAGCAAGCGUGGCGCUUUGCAGCGCCCCCAAGCGAGCGCCCUCGUCCGAAAUCCAUGGGCCCAAAUUGUGGGACCCGAAAGGCCCUGAGUUUGGGAGGCCCAAAGGUGUU